CCUCAAGCAAGAACAUAAUGACUUCAUGGAAAACGACUGUUAUUGUCAGUGCUUCGCUCCAGGGACAGCGUUCAUGCUGAUCACCCCAGAGGAGUUCCCAGAGCAGGCUGAGAACACAGAAUUCUUUAAACGGAUUGAAAAGUUUGUACAGGUCCACAGAAACAGCUUUCUUCUGCUUCAGUCCCCAGUCUAUGGAACAAGGGAAUGGGAGAUUGUGUCUGCAGCGCAGAAGAGAUUCUUUGGCAGUAACCUUAAGGUUUUACCCAUCCAUAGUAAUGUUGACAUUGUCAAGGCAGUGCUGACCAUUGCUAAGGCCACCAGCAAGCCCCAUGUGGACAGUAUACGGGAUCGAAUGGCUUUAGCUCGAGCUCGCAUCAUUGAACGCAGCCCAGUUUGGGAGUUACUAGGUAACAUGAAGCUCCAUCAGCCAAAGUGAGAGUGUUUUUGUAUAAUGUACAGCCACACUUUGAUUUUUAUUGCUGCGACCUGCAGACCUUUUUAUUACAGCAACUACAGAGACUUUCUAGUCCUACAAAUGUCAAUAUUCAGAGCUUUUUCUUGGCAGUUAGUGCUUGCCUCGUAUUAUUGUGCAAGGUUAAUUUAGAAUGGAAAUCUUGUGUAAAUACAUAGGUAGCAUGAAAAUAGAACAUAGCAUUACAAGUUUACUAGACAAGAUAUAACCAAAAAAAAGAAAGAAAGGAUGUUAACGUUAGACUCUCUCUUCUGUGAUCUCCUCUAUUCGGACCACAAGGCUCUCCAUCAGGUCAUAUGUCACAAGUGCGCACUGUAGUACCUGCAAAUGAAAAAUUCUGUGUCAUUUCUUCUGUGUUCAGGCAUAUUAAACACUGUUAGUUUGUGAAUACCUAAUAGACUACAGUAACAUCAACCUGAAAUCAAAAUUGACCGUUCAUUUUUACCUUGUUCAUGUCUUUGAUCAUAUUAAGCACAAUUCAUCAUAUCAUUUAAAAAUAAAAUUUUUGUAUUCCACUAAUUUUCUAUUAUAAUGUACAAAGUUCAGUCCUCCUCUUAAACAUUUUCAGUUUUGCACCAGCAGGGAGGGAUCACUUCCCAUUCCGCCCACCCUCAGAUUAUCGAGUGAAGUGUUCAGCUUGCUCAGAGACCCUGCCUCAGACCAUAUUUCAUAUGGAAAUACAGUACUGUGCAAAAGUCAUACUUCAAACUUUUUAAAACCUUUUAUCUCGGCAAUAUAUGUGUCUUUAUAUAUAACUUUAGAAUGAAUGUAAACAAGUAACAAGAAUUUCUUAUUUUCAAAAAAGUAAGUGAUGUCUUAUAAACACUGAUCUGUCCACUCUCACAAUCAGCAGCUGAUUUAAUUCAGUAACUACACCCUAAAACCUUUUUUUCAUUAAUAGCUGAAAUCCGUGAAAUGUUCUGUAAUAAUAAUAUACACCAGCCUUAAAAUGUGAACGCAUCUUUCCAAACUGUAAAAAUAACAUUUUUAUCGUGGUCAGUUCUGCCUCUGUAGCGCCCCCCUGGUUCAACUGUGCUAUAGGCGUGGAUGACAAAUUGAACUUUAAUCAUGCAAAGUGUUCAUGGUUCUAUACAGCACCAUUUUCUUUACUAAAAAGCCCUUGAAGCACCAUCUUUUUAAAGGUGUAGAGCCACUACUCCUCCACAGCGAGAGGAGCCAGUUAAGGUGGUUUGGGCAUCUGAUUAGGAUGCCCCUUGGCCGCCUCCUGUUUUCCAGGCACGGCAGACCGGGACAAGACCUCAAGUUUCUUCUAGAACCCACUGGAGGGAUUAUACCUUCGAAUUGACCUGAGAGCGGCUCAGGAUCCCCCAGAAUGACCAGGAGGAAGUUGCGGAGGACAGGGUCGUCUGGGAUUCUCUGCUUUCCCUAUUGCUACCGUGACCCUAGCUGGAUCAAGCGGUUUAAAAAGAUGAAUGAAUGAAUAAUGAAUAGAACCAUAUACAUCGCAUUCUUCAUCUAUCUGAAGAACCAUUUCAUGAUGCAAAGAACUA